AUGAUCUCUCUAAACUCUCUAUCAUAUUUUCUCAUUGCCUUUGUAGGCUUGCGUGCAACUGUCGCGGCGCCAUCAGUUGGUAAACACUACCCCGAUGUCAUUCCCGGACCUGGUCUGCCAUCUCUUGAGGACCUCAAUUUGACAUCCGCGGAACUGUACACCAUGCCGUUAUCUCAGCUACCCAACGACGAGAUGAGUGUCAUGCUCACACCAGGCUGUGGACCUGGCAACGCUUAUACGAACGUCACUGGGCUUAUUGCAUGCUUCAACUACCUAAACUCAUUGGGUGGAACACGAUGCGUUGUAGGGGCAAGUGGCAAGACCGAGUUCUGUCACGCCGACAGUUCGCGCGCGCUUGGAGAGAGCGUGACUGGAAGAAGUGAAUCGAGUGCUUGUUCCGAUGUUGCCUUUGGCUUGCUUUGGGUUAUUGAUCAUUGCACAAGACCUGAUCAGUCAUGCGCAGGUUUUCAAGCCCCUAGAGGUAAUGGAAAUAUCAACGUAACGGGGGUUCGGAGAUAA